CAAACAAUUAAAUGUAUCGCAUUUCCAAAAAUAAUUAACAAUGGCAUUAACAAAUAUAGUUUUACUCAGUCAGAUAGCUGGACACGUAAUAGCAUUAAUAUUAUCAUUAUGUGUUUUUGUUCCUUUGAGUUUACACCAGAGUGAAUUUAAGGGACACUGUUUGUUAUUCUCAACUGGAGAAUGGCAAGAAGCAGAUGGACAAUUAAAAGUGAACUGGGCAUCAUCAUGUUAUUGUGACUAUGCUAUUUUUGUAAGUAUUUUGCUCGGAAUUGUUUCAUUGCUUCAAAUUUACAGAUUUUCACUCUUCUUGUAUAAGGGAACAGAUAGCUCCUUCCUGUCAGCAUUUUUUGAGGUGGUUUCUGGUAUUUUACUAUGUGGAAUGACCAUCAUAGCUGCUAUUAUGAUUACAUUAGGCUUCAUGGCUUGGUGUGAUAAUAUGACUGAAAGAUUCCCAUCUUGUGAACUUGCGGCAGGUCAAGAAAUUGAUAAAAAUGAUGGAAUAAACACAAAGAAUUUCUAUAUUGAACUUGGCACAGCACAAUUUGGAAUUUGGGGCUCCUUUACUACAUGGGUUGGACUGUCUGUCUGUGCCCUAAUUAAAUUGUGUCGCUAUCAUCAAAUUGAAAAUAUUAGAGUGUCAAUGUACAUUGAAAGACAACGUUUGGUGUAUGAAAAUGCAGAUUCAACUCCCUCUUUGGGUCAUGAAUCCAACAACAGUCAAAGCACAGCAACUGCAGAGUGAUUAUCUACUGGGAUUCUCAAGUAUCCAUAUCUUUUAAUAUAUGCUAUUAUUCAUAUAUCAUUACUUAUACACCACACUGUGUACCAGAUCGUAGGGUCAAAUUAGACAGUGAAGGUGACUAUAAUUAGUUACUCUAACAAAGUAUACACUUUAAACCCAUGAAGUGAUGAACAUUUUAUGCUUAAUUUACCUAUAUCUAUUAUUGCUAGGUUUCUGUAGAAGCUAACAUAUAUAUAUCUUUGUAGAGUGACCUUAAUCAAGGUAAAUUGCUGUGAUAAUAACUUCGAUAUUUGCUACAAUUUGGUAUAAAAAUAUCUGCUAUUGUAGUCUUUGACAAUUUUAUACUCUCCUUUUCUUCAUAAUUUUUACAUUUUAAUGGAUUUUUAUACAUAUAUAAUUUUAUACAUUUGUACACAUUAACUACACAUUUUAUUAUUUAAAAAUAAUUACCAAAACUAUUUAAUUAAUAUAUGUUAUUGUAAUAUUUAGUAAUGACUUAUACAGAAUUAUAACAUAAGGUUGUAUAUUCAAUUUAUCGUAAAAAAGAUGGAUAUUUUUAUAUACCAAAUUGAAUAACUACAGAUAUUCAAAAAUAUUAAUUGAAUUAUUGAAAGAUGUAUUUAUUAUUGUAUUUUUAUUUUUAGUUAUUAAAUAUAAACCCAUGUAAACAUUAGAGUAACUUUUAUUUUUUUCUGAUAUACGUUCAAACGGCAUCAUAUAAGAAUUUAAAAAUCAAAGUCUAGUCAGAUUAAUCACAUCAUUAAAGUAUGCCUAAAUCAAUAAAUUAAUUGCUGACUGCAGAAGGUAAAAAAAUAAGUUAUGCGAAUAACGUGAGAUGGCAUGGCUAACUUUUUUUACAAUCAGACAAAACGGAAAAAUCUGAAUGAAAUCCUUUCUUGUAUACUAGGCAAGUUAUGUGUGUUAUAUUAAUUUGUCCUAUUUACUUUAUACUGUAGUAUA